AUGAAGUUCCUUUUCGUGGUCGCCCUAAUUGUCCUGGCCAUCCAACUGGCUUCCUCUACUAGUACAACUACCACAACCACUACAACAACCACCGAUGCCACGACUACAACAACCACCACCACCGACGCCACCACCACGACGACAACCGCCGCUUCCACCCACAAGAAGCGUUGCUGGAAGGGCAACAACUGGUGCCACACCCGCAUCCCCAAGAGGAAGUGUAAGCACCCAAAGAGGUGCCACAAGACCAUCGUGAUUGUGACCCACAAGAAGAACUAG